AUGGCACUCUUUGGAAGCGCUUCCUCCCAGGCGGCAUCGCUGCAAUCUCAGCAGAUUAAAACACAGCUCCAAGAGCAGAUCAGCCAGGAGUUGGCGGUGGCUAACGCCACGGAAUUGGUCAACAAGAUCACACAGAACUGCUUCGAUAAGUGCAUUUUACACCCUCAAGACUCUAUCACGGCGCAACAAAAUGGCUGUAUCAAUCAGUGUUUGGAGAAGUACAUGAGAUCGUGGAAUGUGAUUUCUAAGACCUACAUCUCUCGGAUCCAGAGCGAGAAAUCUGCCUAA